GCUGUCACUAUGCCAGCAGCCACUGUAGAUCAUAGCCAAAGAAUUUGUGAAGUUUGGGCUUGUAACCUGGAUGAAGAGAUGAAGAAAAUUCGUCAAGUUAUCCGAAAAUAUAAUUAUGUUGCUAUGGACACCGAGUUUCCAGGUGUUGUUGCAAGGCCCAUUGGAGAAUUCAGGAGCAAUGCUGACUACCAAUACCAACUACUGCGAUGUAAUGUAGACUUGUUAAAGAUAAUUCAGCUAGGACUGACAUUUAUGAAUGAGCAAGGAGAAUACCCUCCAGGAACUUCAACUUGGCAGUUUAAUUUUAAAUUUAAUUUGACGGAGGACAUGUAUGCUCAGGACUCUAUAGAGCUACUAACAACAUCUGGUAUCCAGUUUAAAAAACACGAGGAGGAAGGAAUUGAGACCCAAUACUUUGCAGAACUUCUUAUGACUUCAGGAGUGGUUCUUUGUGAAGGGGUCAAAUGGUUAUCAUUUCAUAGUGGUUAUGACUUUGGCUAUUUAAUCAAAAUCCUGACCAACUCUAACUUGCCUGAAGAAGAACUUGAUUUCUUUGAGAUCCUUCGAUUAUUUUUUCCUGUCAUUUAUGAUGUGAAGUACCUCAUGAAGAGCUGCAAAAAUCUCAAAGGUGGAUUACAGGAAGUUGCUGAACAGUUAGAGCUGGAACGGAUAGGACCUCAACACCAAGCAGGAUCUGAUUCAUUGCUUACAGGAAUGGCCUUUUUCAAAAUGAGAGAAGUAUGAAGACAUCAGUGCCUUUUUCUUGGUUGUUAGAUAGAGAACAUUAAAAAUCUGAUGACAAAAGUUUGGGGCAUUAAGAACCUACUAAGUGAAGAUAUAGAGAUGUUCUUUGAAGAUCAUAUUGAUGAUGCCAAAUACUGUGGUCAUUUAUAUGGCCUUGGUUCUGGUUCAUCCUAUGUACAGAAUGGCAC